AUGCCACGGCGGAAACGCGACUUAUUGGAUGACCUCGACUCUGAUUCCUCUGUCGGGUCUGAUGUCGAAGACAUACCCGAUUUACCUGACAACGACCCCGAUCUACGAGAGGAACGCGAACUAUUUGAGAACCCGUAUGGACGGAAGAAGAGAAGGAAGGGCGGGAAGGAGGACGCUAUCUACGGUGUGUUUGCGGAUGACAGCGAAGAAGAGGAGAAGUAUACACCGAAGAAACGCGAGACAAGGGGCAGACGAAGUGACUGGACUAAGGCACCAGCCUUUACAAAGGGGAAUCAGAACGAGUCGAGCAAGCCUUCAGAUGACGAUCAGGUCAUGGAGGAUGCGGAUAAUGCGGAAGAUAGUGAUGCAGGCUCAGUGGGCUCUGGUGACUCUGGAGACGCACACAUGUCGGACGCCGCUUCUCCCGGACUCCGAGCGGAAGAGCCUGAAGAAGAGAGGGAGGAUAGGGAGGCGGAGGAGGAAGAGGAACGGCAGCCCAAAGGUGGUCUAGGCAUGGGGGCUUCUAAGGGUGCGUCCGCGAGCAUGUUCACUGGCUUCAGCAGAGGCGGUAUAGGCUCCGCUCGCCUACAGUCCACUCAGGAUGACGCUGAGCAAGAGCCAGUACCCAAAGGAGGUAUUGGUCUUGGUGGAGGCGCGCGCACGUCGAACAAUGCAUUUCCAGCUUUCGGUAAGGGGGGUAUUGGCUCGUCACGUUCCACCCCUGCUACAUCUCAGUCACCACCACCCAGUCUGCCUUCUGGCCUACCCUCUGCCUUUGGUGCUUCCCGUACACAACGUUCAUUCUUGCGGGAUGGAUCGACUGGUUCAGACGGAACUCGUACUCCUCCCCCGCUAGCGCCCCAUGAGCGGGCUCACUUCAGCAAGCUGCAAGGCACCUUCGGAGCCCGCAUGCUCGAGAAGAUGGGUUGGCAGGCUGGCACAGGUCUGGGUGUUACCGGCGAGGGUAUCGUGACUCCUGUCGAGUCCAAGCUACGCCCUGGAAAGAUGGGUAUCGCGUACAAGGGAUUUAAAGAAAAAACGGAGCAGUCUAAGGCUGAGGCCAGAAGGCGUGGUGAAGUCGUAAGCGAUGACGAGGACGAAGGGAAGGCGAAGAAAGGCAGGAGAGCCGGUCGUACAGUAGAGGACAAAUCAGAGGCUUGGAAAAAACCCAGGAAGACGAAAAGGAAAGUCCAGCACAAGACUUAUGAGGAGAUCCUCGCCGAAGCCGGUGAUGAAGCACCAGCGCCAGGUAUUGGCCCGAUUAUCGACGCUACUGGAGCUACCCCCCGCGAAGUUUCGUCACUCGCUGAGGUAUCCAUGGCAUCCUGGACGCCUUCCACAGACCCUACUAGAAUUCCCGAAGUCCGACAUAAUCUGCGUCUCAUUGCUGAUGCGUGUAAGGUCGAUUUGGACGGGCUGGCCCGGGAAGCUCGAGCGCUGGAAGAGCGUAAAAAAUGGGUCGGCAACGAAGACGCACGACUGAGGAAGAAAGUAUCUGAAGAGGCCGGGUUGAUUGAACGUCUGCAGCAGGUACACCUUGUCGCAGAUGAUAUUAACGCUCAGGCUAAAGGUCUGGCUUCCACAUACGAAGCUUCCAUGGAUGCUUUCUCCCCUCUUUUCGAGAAACUCCUCAGUCAGUUCUCACCAGAGUUUGAUAAGUAUCAUCUGGACGAGAUCGUGGUCGCAGCCAUUGCACCGAUAUUCCGUAGGAUGCUGGCCCAGUGGCGACCACUGGAGGAUCCUGCUGCGUUCACGAGUAUAUUUCGUGCGUGGCGCGGUGCUUUGAAGGUUGCCCCUGAAGAGAAGCCUCGGAAUCAACUGGAUUUGUAUGGCAGUGGGCGAGCUCUGACUAGCCCUGCUACUCAAGUGGAUAAGCCCAUGACGCCUUUUGAGAGCCUGUUGUGGAACGUGUGGUUACCGAAAGUACGAUCUGUCAUCAACAACGACUGGGAUCCUAGGCAGCCUCAGCAGGCCGUCAAGCUAUAUGAGGCGUGGUCAAUCUUCCUACCCCCUUUCAUUCGUGAUAAUUUCUUUGAUCAACUUAUCUUACCGAAAGUCCGGAAGGCGGUAGCAGACUGGAAUCCCCGGAAAGACACGGUGCCGCUGCAAACGCUCGUGUUCCUUUGGCUUCCCCAUAUUGGUCUGAGGAUCGAAGAAGUUCUUGGGGACGCCAAGAGGAAGCUGAAGAGCUCUCUGAGAAGCUGGUCCCCCCGCGAUGGCGUUCCUGAAGAUCUGCUUGUUUGGAAGAACGUGUUUGGUGCCGAUGAAUGGGACAAUAUGAUGUUGAAGUACAUCGUACCCAAACUUGGCGCGCUUCUCCGUGACGAAUUCAAGAUCGACCCGCGGAAUCAAAACAUGGAGCCAAUCAAUCAAGUCCUUGCCUGGGCCGACAUUAUCCGAUCGUCUGUCUUCUCUCAAAUAUUGGAGACCGAGUUUUUCCCUAAGUGGCUCGAGAUCCUGCACUUCUGGCUCAUUCAGCCGAGUGCAAGUUUCGAGGAAGUCGCCCAGUGGUACUCCUUCUGGAAGGGCGUAUUCCCAGAAUAUGUUCAAAGCAUGCCAGAUGUCCGGGAUGAGUUCACGCGCGGCUUACAGCUAAUGAACACGGCUAUCGAACUCGGGCCCGAAGCACGCAAUCGAUUGCCGCGUCCGGAGCGUCGCAAGCCCGACCGCGCAUCUAAAGCUACAUCCCGACAGGGAACACCGAAGCCCAGGGCACCUCGCACGCAGGAGAUCACCUUCCGUUCUAUCGUGGAAGAGUAUGCUGCAUCGCAUAAUCUCCUUUUCAUACCGACUGGACGGGCCCAUGAAACGUCGCGGAUGCCCUUGUUCCGCGUCUCCCAGCGCGCGGACGGAAAAGGCGGGUUGAUCGUAUACAUACAGGAUGAUGCUGUCUGGGCUCCUGAGCCUGACGGCCAGUAUAGGGCGAUAAGCCUGGAGACAAUGGUAGCUCGAGCAUUGAAGGACAAUCGCUGACGUGUACUGCGGACUUUGUAGAGCCCUUAUCGGUGUUUCGUCCUGUAUUCUAUGUAAUUCUGAUAUAUCCUUCAAC